CCUGCUCAGAAGCCCCAAGCUCGUCAGUCGUCAGUCGAGCUGGUUCUCCAUUUGCACUCAGGAGCACGGGCAGGCAAGCGGGCCCCCCUAGUUCUGGGAGCAGAGUAGCAGCAUCCCAGUCCUAGUCCCCAGCCGAAAGCCUCUACUACCUGCCCAGUGCCAGGAUGGCCACCAUCACCUGCACCCGAUUCACAGAAGAGUAUCAGCUCUUUGAGGAACUGGGAAAGGGAGCAUUCUCCGUGGUGCGCAGGUGUGUGAAGGUGCUGGCUGGUCAAGAAUAUGCUGCUAAGAUCAUCAACACCAAGAAGCUCUCAGCCAGAGAUCACCAGAAGCUGGAGCGUGAGGCCCGAAUCUGCCGCUUGUUGAAGCACCCCAAUAUCGUCCGACUCCAUGACAGCAUCUCUGAGGAGGGACACCACUACCUUAUCUUCGAUCUGGUCACUGGUGGGGAGCUGUUUGAAGACAUUGUGGCCCGGGAGUAUUACAGCGAGGCUGAUGCCAGUCACUGUAUCCAGCAGAUCCUGGAGGCUGUGCUGCACUGUCACCAGAUGGGGGUGGUGCACCGAGACCUGAAGCCUGAGAACCUGUUGCUGGCCUCGAAGCUCAAGGGAGCUGCUGUGAAGCUGGCAGACUUUGGCCUGGCCAUAGAGGUUGAGGGGGAGCAGCAGGCAUGGUUUGGGUUCGCAGGGACACCUGGAUACCUCUCCCCAGAAGUGCUGCGCAAGGACCCGUAUGGGAAGCCCGUGGACCUGUGGGCCUGCGGUAAGUCCGCCUGCAGGCUUGUUUGUCUAGCAGCCCACUUUGCACCAUUCCCCUGCCUCAUCUCUCCUCUCCUGCUCCUCUCCCCAGGCGUCAUCCUGUAUAUCUUGCUGGUUGGGUACCCCCCAUUCUGGGAUGAGGACCAGCACCGCCUGUACCAGCAGAUCAAAGCUGGUGCCUAUGAUUUCCCCUCACCAGAGUGGGACACCGUCACCCCAGAAGCCAAGGAUCUGAUCAAUAAGAUGCUGACCAUCAACCCGUCCAAACGCAUCACGGCCGCUGAGGCUCUCAAGCACCCCUGGAUCUCGCACCGCUCGACUGUGGCCUCCUGCAUGCACAGACAGGAGACCGUGGACUGCCUGAAGAAGUUCAAUGCCAGGAGGAAACUGAAGGGAGCCAUCCUCACCACUAUGCUGGCCACCAGGAACUUCUCCGGAGGGAAGAGUGGAGGAAACAAGAAGAGCGAUGGUGUGAAGAAAAGAAAGUCCAGUUCCAGCGUUCAGUUAAUGGAAUCUUCUGAGAGUACCAAUACCACCAUUGAGGAUGAAGACACCAAAGUGCGCAAACAGGAAAUCAUAAAAGUGACAGAGCAGCUGAUUGAAGCCAUAAGCAAUGGAGACUUUGAGUCCUACACGAAGAUGUGUGACCCUGGAAUGACAGCCUUCGAACCCGAGGCCCUGGGGAACCUGGUCGAGGGCCUGGACUUUCAUCGAUUCUAUUUUGAAAACCUGUGGUCCCGGAACAGCAAGCCCGUGCACACCACCAUCCUGAACCCUCACAUCCACCUGAUGGGUGACGAGUCAGCCUGCAUCGCCUACAUCCGCAUCACGCAGUACCUAGAUGCAGGUGGCAUCCCCCGCACGGCCCAGUCAGAGGAGACCCGUGUCUGGCACCGCAGGGAUGGCAAAUGGCAGAUCGUCCACUUCCACAGAUCUGGGGCACCCUCCGUCCUGCCCCAUUGAAGGACCAGGCCAGGGUCCCUGCAUUGUCACAUCGCAGAGAUCCACCCUUUGUCCAUGGAAUGUGGCUGCUGCUUCUCUCUUGGAUUUUGCUGGAAUUCUCCCUGUCAUGUCACCCUACCAUUAUCAACUCUGUACUUGCCUCACGAAAGUCCUCUUCUUCACAAAAGUCACCAUGACAUCAAAGCAAACGGCCAGCUCUCCUCGGUUCCACCUCUCACUCUCUUCCUGCCAGUGGGGACCUUCAUCAGGCUUGGGUACCCAGAGUGCUGGCCCCAGGAACCCCCAGCCCCUACCCACUGCUGUUGGCUUGGCCUAGUUUCAGCUAUAGGUGAGGAGGCCCCCAACUGGGCAUUCAUCAGAAGUGAAGAAGAGGAGGGCAAGUUACAACAAGGGUCCCUCUCUUUUGGGGUCCCCAGGGAAGCACAGAAGAGUCCCUCAACCUCCAAGCCAACUCCUUAUGGGAGAGAGUGAGAGAGGAGCCCAUGCAAGGAACUGCUGCUCUCAACAGCGUCCCUGCUGCGCUGGCCUUGUGUUUGACCAAACCAUCCACCAUGGGGGGAAGGGUGUGGGCUCUACAGGUCAGGCGCCCCACUUACUGCCUCGGGCCUCCUGUGCCAUUUGUCUCCAGUGUUGAUCUGCCCAUUCUACCCUCCAACAUCCUUGGAGAAUUCCAGCCUCAUCUGUCUGAGAAGAGAUCUGAUGGUGUUUCAGGGGCAAAGCAAGCAACAUUUAGGUAUCACUUCUACUUGGACGCAUGCCUUUUUACAGCCAAACUUCUGUGUAUUUCGUAAAUGGACUUUGCGUUAACGGAUUAUUUAUGUAAUAACUAGACCUCUCAAGUUAUUGUAAAGAAGAGUUGGAUUGGGUUGGGAAGUGGGGUAGGGGGAAGUUUUU